AAGAAAGUGAAAAAAACUUACAAAAACCUCUCGACUGAACCUAUUAUAAGUAUGUUGCUCAGUUCGGAUGAGAUUUAAGUUUUUUGAGACCAGAACAACUAGAACAUAAGAUUGAAAUUUUUGCUUUCAUUUUCUUUUCCUCUUUGUUUUCAGCUCAUAGUUUCCCUCUAAUUGGAUAUUCUGUUUCAUGCAUUUUGCUGUUCGGUUUCCUUGUUUUGGUUGCAGAUUCAAUGAAGGAUUUCUGGUGAAGGAGAAGGAAUUGGUAAGGGAUUCCUAGGAUCUGGUUUAGUUUAUUUCCUCCAAUUAUAGUGGAAUUGUAUUUUGGUUAGAUGGGGGAUCAUUUUGUAUUGCUUGUGGAUCGUUUGCUUACCGAGUCUACCCUUGAAGCUGCUAUCGAAAGCAGAAACCGGUUAAUGCAAGCCUCAGUCUCAGCAAUUGCUGAUACAAAGGUUGAUUGCAAGUCGCAUAAGAUGGAUUUCAAACAUGGGUCAUCUCCAAGGAAACUGGUGGAAUGCAGGAUAUGCCAGGAUGAGGAUGAAGAUUCAAAUAUGGAGACACCCUGCUCCUGCUGUGGUAGCUUGAAGUAUGCUCACCGCAGUUGUGUACAGAGGUGGUGUAAUGAGAAGGGCAACACCAUGUGUGAGAUAUGCCAGGAGCAAUUCAAGCCAGGUUAUACAGCACCACCUCCACUGUUUCAAUUUCGGGGUAUUCCAAUAAAUUUGAGGGGAAAUUGGGAGAUUUCCAGGGGAGAGUUGAAUAAUCCCCGGUUUAUAGCAAUGGUUUCUACAGACCGUAAUUUCCUGGAUCCUGAUUACAAUGAGUUUACAACUUCUACUUCAAGAGGCAUGAUGUGUUGUCGUUCAGUUGCCAUCAUUUUCAUGGUUCUUCUGAUUUUGCGGCAUACUCUACCUGUCAUGAUUAAUGGAGCCGAGGAGUAUACUUUCCCAUUAUUCAUGUUGGUACUAUUGCGAACUGCUGGGAUUAUCCUGCCAAUCUACAUCAUGCUGAGAGCAGUCACUGCUAUCCAGCGACGCCGGCGCCAACUGGACCCUCCUACUCCAUAUGCUUCAACCGAUGAAGAAACUGAGCAGCCAGCCCUGCAGCCUCAGACUCACAUCAUCCAUGUUCCCUGAAAUUGGUAUAAAGCAGCCUUGACAAAUUCAUUUCAUGGAUAGAAUUUAAAUGUUGGCUUAAAUGAAUAACAUUUGCUAGUCUUUACUCUGAUCUUGUAUUUCCGCUUAAUUUUUCACAUACAGUUCCCAACACCAGUGACCAAUUAUUUCAUCAGGAAAGGAAAUUUGGAAAGUGAAGAUACUUCUGGAGAAUGAUGGAAGGAUUAUUGUU